ACAUUAUGAGGGUGAACCAAUAUUAUUUUACUAUCUAGAUCCGUGUUUCGGUCAAUGUGAUCGCGACAGCCAGACCUGCGAGGAGACUAGUGGAGGAUUUCAAUGUCAAUGCCGCCCUGGGUAUUAUCUUUCAGGUGACACUUGCGUGGAAUCUUCGACUUUUCUUGCGACCAUGGAGAUAGAAACAGUCAACGGCACGUCAGCAGAAUUCUCUGAUGACCUUACGAACAGAGAGAGUGAGAGUUUUAUCAUGUUGGAAUCAGAGAUAUGUAACAUGGUUGACGGCAUAUACGCUGAUACGUUGACCGAUUACUAUGGUUGCACCGUCAUCAAGUUCAGUUCUGGUAGUAUCAUCGCAGACAUCAAUCUCCUAUUCGAUCCGGAGACCAAUGUAACAGAUCAUAUACUACAAAAGGAACUUGAGAAGGAGAUUAAUAGAACUGGUGGUAACCUGUCUGACGGGUCAUCAGUCUUCACUGUGUCUAGCUAUCAAGUAAUGCCAACGAAUGAGUGUGAAAUGGAUAUUGACGACUGUUCAUCUUUUGCAACUUGUACGGAUCUUGGAUCAAAUGGCUUUGAGUGUUCGUGUAAUGAUGGCUACACUGACGUAGAAAACUACCCAGUGGGAACGCACUGUCAACUAGCUAUCAAAACCAAUGCUCCAUCCACGACAUCCAUGAAAACAACGACAGGAACAACACUUAACCAAAGUACAUUGGGUCCUCAACCAGUAGACAAUAGUAUUGAGUGGGAAUUCAUCGUCAUCAUUACCAGUGCGUGUUUGUUGUUGAUACUUCUCUCAGCAAUCGUCAUUCUGAUGAUAGUACGGCGUUACACUAAGCCAUCACGAAAAAGAUUUGUGUCGUUUCGAAAUAUCGAUCAAGGUCUGAGACACUCAUCAGGCAGUAAUUCAGAUGAAACAAUUCUACAUGAUGUGCACUUUCCCUGGCACGACACUCCUCCGAGUUUGUAUGUUUACCAGUCUGCUAUUCUGAACGAAAUGACAGAAUCGGAAAUCAUGACUAUCAAUCAGGCCAUUGAUGACGAAUCCAAUCCGAAAACUCCCGAAGAAGAGUCCGAAGCUAACACGACUAGAUCCCGAAGCAGUUCGGCAGCUAGAAUACACGUGCUGUUAGAUGAUCUAUUGGAGUAUGUUAAAGGACCGGAGGUGCGUAACGAUCCAGGUCUAGAACAGGACUCCGUCUCGACUAGUGCUUGAACGUAGUUGAUCGGUCCGGCAUCUUCUCGCGGCAAUUUUUUCUAGGCAAAUCAUCAGUUAAUGCUAAUAUUAAUUAGAUGUUCAAUGCAUAGUAGCGAAAACUAGUCAUGAUAAUAGCGUCAGAAAACUUUGUAGUUAUAGGGGCUCUAAAUGAUUUUAUUUUAAGAAAAUACGUAUCUGUAAAACAUUUGAGCAAUAUUAUGCAAAACGAAACGCAUGUGAAUUCUUAUAGCUGUUGAAUGUUUUGUUUCUGCUCCCUCCCCCCCCCCCCCCCUUAUCAAGAGUAUAAUGUGUAUUAUGUGUCAGCUCAAAUAAUCAACUAAUUGUGAUCCGCUCACUGUUGAACUUCGAAUAAAAUGUUGCACUUUGUGGGAAGGUUAUGGUGAUGAUUGAUUUGUUUUUAAUCCUCAUACGAGGAAUGUAUUGCUUAGAAAUAAUACAAUAUACAAAUAACAAAAUUGAAAAAAUUAACAAAAUAUAACGAUAAAAUGUAUUUGCAAAUCGGUACGUAAUCUGUUAAAAAAAUGCUAUUCACAUUUGUUAAGAUAGAUUUAGCAAACUAUUCCUUAGAAAGUUCACGUUGGUUUCUCUUUACGAUGUAUUUCAAAUUAUAUAAUAUCUCUUUUUAAUUCCAGAAACGUAUCAAAUGAAUUAAAUUCUUUGGAUUUAAAUUACUUUAAAAAUUCUCCUUAUUACUUGUAUAUUGAACAAACAAUAAAACAUUUCAAGACGAAUCAUAUUUUCGUUUGUAAUGUCAUAUCCAGUAACCAAUACUUUUUCAUUAAACAGUAUAGAUUCAAUUAUUUACUUUGCGCCAGUAUACAAUUACUUCAGAACAAUAUAAUAGAACAUAAAGUGUUAACAUCUCUUUUGCAGUAUUUGCACUUAAUUUUUGAUGCAAUUAACGAAAUAUACAGACUGUGUUUAAACGAUAACAUCUUGUAAAACAACUUAAAAUUGUAUUGUUUUAUUGCUUGAGUUAUCAACUUUCUAAACUUUAACUUUGGUAGAGAGGUCCAAUUAAAUGUCGCUGCUAUAAAUGGAAGGCUAUGCUGCCAGAAUUACCGUACAUUUGGUUCAAAAGAUUUCAAUUCAACCUGCAAAGAAUAAAAUUGUUUUUGUUUUAAUAUUUAGAACAUUGAUAUAUGCAUCUGUUUUUAUUUGUGAUAAUUAUAAACUAUGGUUAAUGUUUUUUUUAUCCUGGAAUAUUACAAUUUGACGAAUAAAAAAGCUGUCACUAGUUUUAGAUCAAUUAGUGAAUAAUCUUCCAUAUUCAA